AUGUCAUCACUUGUACCCAACAACAAUAAUAACAUCAACAACACUACCAAAAAGACAACAUCAACACUCACAAUCAAAAGAAAAGCAAAUACAAGUAAUUUAAUAGCUUCAGAAUUAUCUCCUUCACCAUCUCCGAUUUCAUCUUCAUCAUCAUCAUGUAUUACUACUACACCACAAUCUUCAUCCUCUACAUCAUCAAUAGCAUCAUCAUCAUCAUCUUCAUCCAAUAAUAAUAAUAAUAAUCGUUCAUUUUCAUUAUUUAAUCAAUUAAUUUCAUCUCCAUCAUCAUCAUCAUCUACUAAUAACAAUAAAUUAAAUCAAUCUAAUAAUAAUAUAACAGUAAUACCAUUACCUGAGGAUAAUAACAAUGAUGAUGAAAAUAACAAUGAUGAAAAUAAUAAUGAUGAAGAUCCUAUUGAAAAUAAUGAUGAAAAUAAUAAAGAUGAAGAAGAAGAAGAAAUAACAAAUGAAGAAAUAUUUCAAUCAAAAUCAAUAAUAUCUAAAUUAAGUAAUAAUUCUAUUCAUAGAAUAUGUAGUGGUCAAGUUAUAAUUUCAUUAACAAGUGUAAUUAAAGAAUUAAUUGAAAAUUCAUUAGAUGCAUCAUCUACUUUUAUAGAAAUUAAAUUUACAAAUAUGGGAUUAGAAUGUAUUGAAGUUUCUGAUAAUGGAAAUGGAAUUUCUAAAAAUAAUUUUGAAAAUAUUGUUAAAAAACAUAAUACUUCUAAAUUAAUUAAUUUUACAGAUUUGGAAAAUAUUUCUACAUUUGGAUUUAGAGGAGAAGCCUUAUCUUCAAUUUCAUGUAUGGCAGAAUUACAAAUAUUUACAAAAACAGAAAGUGAUAAAUUAGGAAAUUUAAUUUAUUAUGAUCAUGAUCAAAAUAUUACUAAAAUUGAACAAUUAUUACAUAAUUAUGUUUCCAUUUUUGGAUUGAAGGAUUUUAAAAAAUUACAAAAAGUUGAUUUUAUUCAAAAUGAUCCACAUUUUAUUAAAAUUAAUGGUUUUAUUUCUUUACCUGAAAAGGGAUGUGGAAGAUCUUCAAAUGAUAGACAAUUUUUAUAUGUAAAUAAUAGACCAGUUGAUUUACCUAAAAUAACUAAAUGUAUAAAUGAAAUAUAUAAAGAAUUUAAUAGAAAUCAAUAUCCUAUAUUUAUUUAUAUGAAAAUGAAUCAUCAGAAUCUUCACAAGAAGAUUUAA